AUGUCAGGGACGGUCCUGUUGGAAGGAGUGGAGGUGGAGGUAAGUGAGAAUCACAUCCAAGAGCAAGAGAAUCGAUCAGAAACAUCCCAUAAUAAGGUCCCGUUACUUUUGAAUCCAUGGAAACCCUGCAGACGGACUCGAACGACCGUCAAAGGGGGACUGUUGAAGCUGAAGCGUUGUUUAGGAUCAGUGUGUGGGAUUGAGUGGUAUGGCUAUGCUACUCUUGGUAUUUUGACAGCCAUCUUGAGCUUCCUCGUGGAUUCCAUUGUAGCAAAGUUGCUGAGAGCUCACAUGUGGCUUUAUAUGAACCUGGAGGGCAACAUUCUGCUGCAGUUCCUCUGUUGGACUCUUUACCCAGCAUGCCUCUGUGCUUUCACGGCUACUUUCUCCUACAGUAUCUGCCCCUUCUCCACAGGCUCUGGGAUACCUGAAGUGAGGACCAUGCUAGCUGGCUUUGAAAUGCCCCAUUACUUGUCUCUCACUAACAUGUUUGCCAAGUUCCUGGGUCUUAUCUGUACGCUGGCAGCCGGCAGCACAGUAUUUCUCGGCAAAGUGGGGCCAUUUGUGCAUCUUUCUACUAUGCUAGGGGCCUACUUGGACAAUCUCUGUACCCUUAUACAAGGCAGCACAAAGGAGAAAGCAGGCACAGAGAUGUUGGUUGUAGCUGCUGCCGUUGGAGUCGCCAGCUGCUUCGGAGCACCAGUCAGCGGUGUGCUGUUCAGUGUGGAGGUAAUGUGUUCCCACUUUGCCCUGAGGCACUACUGCCCUUGUUUCUUCUCGGCUGCUUGUGGGGCGCUGACCUUCCACCUGCUCUCCAUGUGGAGUGGAGACGGAGAGACUCUUCAGGCGUUGUUCAAAACUAAUUUCCCCACCGCUUUACCGUUCUAUUCGCUGGAGAUUCUGCUGUUUGUAUUUCUGGGGCUGCUGUGUGGGGCUGUGAGCUGCUGCUACCUCUUCUGUCAUCGCUGGAUCCUCAACUUCACGAAAACAAACAAAUUAGUGUUUAAGAUGCUGACGACAGAGAAGGGUCUGUACAGUUGUCUGGUGGUCUUCUUUCUGGCCUCGCUGACGUUUCCUCACUCGGCUGGUCAAUACAUGGCUUCUAAGUACACCACGAAGCAGCUCCUCACUUCCCUCCUGGACAGCAGGCCGUGGAGCUCUCAAUCCCACAAUGCAUCUGUGCAGCUGGAUCCACCGAUGGAGUGGAACUCAUCGGGCUCUUUCGUUUUCCUGCCUUUGACUGUCUUUUUGCUCAUGAAGAUGUGGAUGUUGGCCCUCGCCUGCACUUUGCCCCUUCCAGCCGGAUACUUCAUGCCGGUGUUUAUCUGCGGAGCAGCUUUGGGCCGUUUGCUUGGUGAAGGAGUGGCUUAUGUGUCCUCUGGUGGAGGGAUUUUAGGACCGCAGUGGGGAUCUGUCAAUCCUGGGGGCUAUGCACUGGCUGGAGCUGCUGCUCUCUCUGGUGCUGUGACUCACACUCUGUCCCCGGUUCUGUUGGCUGUUGAGUUAACGGGUCAGUUCAGCCACGCGGUACCCAUCCUUCUGUCCACUCUGCUGGCCAACAGCCUGGCACGCUAUGGACACAGGCCUUCCUUCUACGACGCCCUGACCAUCAGCAAGAAGCUCCCGUACCUGCCCUCACUGAAGAAGGCAUGUCCUCGACUUCCCUCCACUCCUGUUGGGCAGGUUUUAGGAGUGAAACCAGUGCAGCUUCAGAGAGCAGCUGGACCAGCAGAGGUUCAGUGUGCUGUCAGAAACAGCACUGAAGCCCAAAUCCCCGUGGUGGACUCACACGAGUCCCAGCUUCUGCUGGGUUUCGUUCUGCAAUCAGAGCUGCAGACGUUCCUGCGUCACUGCAGGACUAAGAGAGUGGAGGGACGUCUGGACGAUGUUUGCUGCAUUCACCCAACCUCGGUCCUGCUGUCUCCUCACAACACCGUUGAAGAGGUGUACAACGUGCUGCGUGCAGCUGGAGCUCAGACUUUAUUUGUGACAGACGAAGGAAGGCUGGUUGGGCACGUCACAUGGUCAGAAAUGAAGCGGAUGUUAGAGACCUUGGCUGCAGAAAUCUAAACGGGGAUCGG